AUGAUAGAAAAAGAGAUUUUCUCUCUUCCAAUAAAGGAUAAUAUAAAAACUUACAUGUACUGUAAAAAUAAUAAUUUCAAUAAUUUAGUAGGGUUAUAUAUAGAAAAAAAAAUGUUCUAUAUUAAUAUCAUUUUGAGUAAACAAUAUAAUGAAGAAAAAAAAAAUAUUCGAAAAAAAGAAAAAAAAUUAGAUACAGAAAAUAGAAACAAAUUCAAAUUGUAUUAUAUAGAUAAUGAUGAAAAAAUAUUUAUUGAUCAAAAGGUUGAAGAUAACUUUAUAUCUGAAAAUAAAAAUGUAUGUGAUGAUAAAGAAGAAUAUAUGAACAAUAUAUUUGUAAAUUAUAUUCCUUUAUUAUGGAAUUUGAAUUUUUUGUUUUUUUUUAAAAUAUAUAUUCAUAAUGUUUUAAGUAAUAUUCAUAUAUGUAUAGAUGAUAGACCGAAUGAAACAUUUUUUGAGUUUUAUCAUAUCUUUAAAAAUAAAAAAAAAAAAAUCUAUCAAGAUAAUUCAGAUGAGAAUAUGACUGACAUAUACUGUGAUGUUUCACAACAAUCUGGAGAUAGUGAUUACAAUUAUUUUUAUGAGAAAGCUAAUGAAUUUAAUUAUUUAGAAGAUGAAGAAUUUAUUGAUGAAAAUGAAGAGGAAAAGAAAUACUUGAUGUCACAAGAAAAUAAUAACAAUAUAUCUUAUAAUAAUGAUUAUAUUUGUAAUAAUGAUAUUAUAAAUAUAAAUGAUAAUUAUAAUAACGAAGAUAAUAAGAACUACAUAGAAGAAACAUAUAAUUAUGAUAUAUGUAAUAUAAAAAAACAUUCUUAUAAAAAAAAAAGUUUAUAUUCAAUACAUAAUAAUCAUAAUAGUAAUGAUUUUAAUCAUAUAUCAUAUGAAAAAAGACAUUCAAAUAUAUCAAUUGAUGAAGAUAAAAAAAAAAGAAAAGAAAAAAGAUUUAAAAAAUAUUUAUGUCAAAGUUGUAAAAAUAAAAUUAAUCAGAAUCUUUUAUUUAAUAAUAAUCAUGUUUGUUUAUUACAAAUCUUCUUUUCGAAUUUAACAAAAAAAGAAUUAUUCUUUUGGGCAAGUGUAAAAUAUUAUUUAGAACAUUUUCUAGGAAAUAUUAAAUCAUAUCCUUUUUAUAAAGGACAUAAUUUUUUUGUAGAAACACCAUAUAUUGAAGAAACUGAUAAUAUGAUGGAUAUAUCACAAAAUAUAUUACAUCAUAAUUAUUUUUAUUUUCUUAUUCCUCAAAAGAAAAAAAAAUAUAUCCUUUUGCUAAAAAAAGAAAAAAAAACCAUCAAGUGUUUAUUUGAAAAUUCGAUCAAUUCUUUAAGAAUAUCAAUCAAAUAUAUAUUCACUCCAAAUGAAAGAAAUGAUAAUAAUAAUAAUAAUAAUAAUAAUAACAAUGAUGAUGAUAAUAACCAUAGUUAUUAUCAUUUUUCUUCCAUCUUUAAGAGGUUAAUUAAAAAAUAUAAAAAAUUUAUAAACAAAUUCAUUUUUAACAACAUUAUAAAUACACAACAUAAUCUACAAUGUAAUUAUAAUAAUUCUUAUUAUAAAUCCAUUCACAAUCAUCUUAAUCCUAUUGUUUUAAAAAAUAAAACACAAAAAAAUUAUGAUUUUUCUAUCUUAAUACAUAAUAUUCAUAUUGAAAUAUAUGGUUAUAUUUUUUUACGUAAUUAUAUAUUCUUCUUAAUUAUAAUGAUCGAAUUAUAUUUAUUUAUUUUUUUUAAUCAUAUAGGAUAUACAUAUACAAAUAACACAAAUAUAUUCCUUGAACAACUUUUAAAAAAUUUAUUUACAUAA